AUGAGUGACGCAGAGUUCUGUCCUUCAGCGCUGGGGACCAAGGAGCACUGGGAUGCUGUCUAUAGUCGUGAACUGAAAAGUUUCCAAGAGUAUGGUGAUGAAGGAGAGAUCUGGUUUGGAGACAGUAGCAUGACUCGAGUGGUUCGAUGGCUAAAAGCCCAGAAAAUACCACAUAGCUCAUCAGUACUGGAUAUUGGCACUGGGAAUGGCAUGCUAUUGGUGGAACUGGCAAAGGCUGGGUACAGCAAUCUUAUGGGUGUGGACUACUGCACUGAUGCCAUAGCCCUUGCUAGAAGUAUAUGUGAAAAAGAAGAGGUUUCUCAGUGUGUAAAACUACAGGUUACAGAUUUUCUGGGCUCCUUCAGUCCCUCAGAACAGUUUGACAUCUGUCUGGAUAAAGGCACCUUUGAUGCAGUGAGUCUGGAUCCCAGCAAUGCACAAGAAAAAUGUAGCCAGUAUGAAAAUGUGCUCUGUACAGUUUUAAAACCCAAAGGCCUUUUUAUCAUCACAUCCUGCAACUGGACCAAAGAGGAGCUGCUUAGACAUUUUCACAAAGAGUUUGAAAUGAAAAGACGAACUUCCCACACCUACCUUCAAUUUUGGAGGACAGUCAGGUCACAGCGUCACGGCUCUUGUAUUCCAGAGGAGGGACAACUCUUA